UGCCCGUUACCUGCCCGUUACCUGCCCACACCACGCACCCGCUGCAUCACCUCUGCUUGCCAACUGCACGCCCUCCACUUGCCCUGACGCGCACCGUGGUGCACCCGGCCCCUCUCCCUCCUGGCCGUGCCCUGCAGGGUGCAGCUGGCCGUGAACCGCCGCACCGAGGAGGCCGUGGCCGUGAAGAUUGUGGACAUGAAGCGCGCGGCCGACUGCCCGGAGAACAUCAAGAAGGAGAUCUGCAUCAACAAGAUGCUGAACCACGAGAACGUCGUCAAGUUCUACGGGCACCGGCGCGAGGGGGCCACGCAGUACCUCUUCCUGGAGUACUGCAGCGGCGGGGAGCUCUUCGACCGCAUCGAGCCGGACAUCGGGAUGCCGGAGCCGGAGGCGCAGCGCUUCUUCCAGCAGCUGAUCGCUGGUGUGGUGUACCUGCACAGCAUGGGCAUCACGCACCGCGACCUCAAGCCGGAGAACCUGCUGCUGGAUGAGCGAGACAACCUGAAGAUCUCCGAUUUCGGCCUGGCCACCGUCUUCAAGCACAACGGGCGCGAGCGGCUGCUGAACAAGAUGUGUGGCACGCUGCCCUACGUGGCCCCCGAGCUGCUGCGGCGCCCCGAGUUCCGUGCGGAGCCCGUGGACGUGUGGGCCUGCGGCGUGGUGCUGACUGCCAUGCUGGCGGGAGAGCUGCCCUGGGAUCAGCCCAGCGACAGCUGCCAGGAGUACAGCGACUGGAAGGAGAGGAAGACCUACCUGGCACCCUGGAGGAAGAUCGACUCCGCACCAUUAGCACUGCUGCACAAGAUCCUGACCGAGAGCCCCACGGCUCGCAUCACCAUCCCCGACAUCAAGAAGGACCGCUGGUUCUGCCGGCCCCUGAAGAAGGGCACAAAGCGCAGCCGUGUGUCCUCAGGUGGUGUCACUGAAUCCCCCGGCGCCCUCCCCAAGCACAUCCGCUCUGACACAGACUUCUCCCCUGUGAAGGGUGCCCUGGGGGAGGACAAGGCGAGUUACUCCACAUCACAGCCUGAGCCUGGCACCGGCGGCGCGCUGUGGGACAGCAGCAUGGGCAGCAUCGACCGCCUGGUGCAGGGCAUCAGCUUCUCACAGCCUGCCUGCCCCGAGCACAUGCUGCUCAACAGCCAGCUGCUCGGCACGCCAGGCUCCUCCCAGAACCCGUGGCAGCGCCUGGUGAAGAGGAUGACGCGUUUCUUCACCAAGCUGGACGCCGACGGCUCCUACCGCAGCCUGAGGGAUGUGUGUGAGAAGAUGGGCUACGGCUGGAAGCAGAGCUGCACCAACCAGGUCACCAUCUCCACCACGGACCGGAGGAACAACAAGCUGAUCUUCAAGGUGAACCUGCUGGAGAUGGAGAGCAGGAUCCUGGUGGACUUCCGCCUCUCCAAGGGCGACGGGUUGGAGUUCAAGCGGCAUUUCCUGAAAAUCAAAGGCAAACUGAGCGACGUGGUCAGCAGCCAGAAGGUGUGGCUGCCCCCACCCUGAGCCCCUUGUCCUCCUCCUCCUCCUCACCCCGUGGGGCUCCCAUAGCCCCCGGCAGAGCUGUGCUCUCCAGGGCAGCACUAUGGGGACGGCCCGGCUCUGCGCCCGCUGCGGCUUUUAUGGGUUCAAUAAAGCUUGGGAUCGCAGCUCA